AUGUGUCUGACCACUGUUGGUGAUGAGCUGGAUGCUGCAAUAUGUCUGACAACUGUUGGUGAUGAGCUGGAUGCUGCAAUGUGUCUGACAACUGUUGGUGAUGAGCUGGGUGCUGCAAUAUGUCUGACAACUGUUGGUGAUGAGCUGGUUGCUGCAAUAUGUCUGACAACUGUUGGUGAUGAGCUGGGUGCUGCAAUAUGUCUGACAACUGUUGGUGAUGAGCUGGGUGCUGCAAUAUGUCUGACAACUGUUGGUGAUGAGCUGGUUGCUGCAAUAUGUCUGACAACGGUUGGUGAUGAGCUGGGUGCUGCAAUAUGUCUGAUAACUGUUGGUGAUGAGCUGGUUGCUGCAAUAUGUCUGACAACGGUUGGUGAUGAGCUGGGUGCUGCAAUAUGUCUGAUAACUGUUGGUGAUGAGCUGGUUGCUGCAAUAUGUCUGACAACGGUUGGUGAUGAGCUGGGUGCUGCAAUAUGUCUGAUAACUGUUGGUGAUGAGCUGGUUGCUGCAAUAUGUCUAACAACAGUUGGUGAUGAGCUGGAUGCUGCAAUAUGUCUGACAACUGUUGGUGAUGAGCUGGGUGCUGCAAUAUGUCUGACAACGGUUGGUGAUGAGCUGGGUGCUGCAAUAUGUCUGAUAACUGUUGGUGAUGAGCUGGGUGCUGCAAUAUGUCUGAUAACUGUUGGUGAUGAGCUGGGUGCUGCAAUAUGUCUAACAACUGUUGGUGAUGAGCUGGGUGCUGCAAUAUGUCUGACAACUGUUGGUGAUGAGCUGGGUGCUGCAAUAUGUCUGACAACUGUUGGUGAUGAGCUGGUUGCUGCAAUAUGUCUAACAACAGUUGGUGAUGAGCUGGAUGCUGCAAUAUGUCUGACAACUGUUGGUGAUGAGCUGGGUGCUGCAAUAUGUCUGAUAACUGUUGGUGAUGAGCUGGGUGCUGCAAUAUGUCUAACAACAGUUGGUGAUGAGCUGGAUGCUGCAAUAUGUCUGACAACUGUUGGUGAUGAGCUGGGUGCUGCAAUAUGUCUGACAACUGUUGGUGAUGAGCUGGGUGCUGCAAUAUGUCUGAUAACUGUUGGUGAUGAGCUGGGUGCUGCAAUAUGUCUAACAACAGUUGGUGAUGAGCUGGAUGCUGCAAUAUGUCUGACAACUGUUGGUGAUGAGCUGGGUGCUGCAAUAUGUCUGACAACUGUUGGUGAUGAGCUGGGUGCUGCAAUAUGUCUGAUAACUGUUGGUGAUGAGCUGGGUGCUGCAAUAUGUCUGACAACUGUUGGUGAUGAGCUGGUUGCUGCAAUAUGUCUAACAACAGUUGGUGAUGAGCUGGAUGAUGAAUACAGCAGCCAAUCACCUCGAGCCAAGCAAGAUCCUGGGAGGAAGGAUUAG